UAAUAAGUCAUAGUUAUACGUGACAAUGAUGCUUUAAAAUUCGUGAUACAAUAGAAAUGUUUGAUAACAAUAAAAUUAUAUUAAUUGAUUUACAAAGUGUAUCAUUGCAACAUAUAUUUAUCUAAUAUUAUCGGAUUAUCGGUUUUUACUUCGCACAGCUUCGUAUAUCACGUACGCGCGAUUUCUUAGAAAAUAUUUAUUUUUCUAUAUACAAAGGUUUACUUUUAAUUAGUGUCAAAUGAGUCCUGAGAGUGAUAUGUGGCAAUUGAUCCUUCCAUUAUCGAUUGACGUUAUUAUGUCAAUCGGUGCAUAUUUUUUUACUUUAAAUUUGAUUCCUAAAUUAAAAGAUCUCUUCGUUAAAGCUAACCUCUAUGGAAUUGAUAUGAAUAAGAGGAACAGUCUGAAAAUUCCGGAAGCAUUAGGCGUUGUUACAGGAUGUAUAUUUCUCGUAACAAUGUUUUUAUUUAUUCCCGUACCGUUCACAGAUUAUAUCCUCAAAAAUGAAAAUUUUCCGCACAAUGAGUUUGUUGAAUUUUUGGCAGCUCUACUUUCAAUAUGUUGUAUGCUGCUUUUGGGCUUUGCCGAUGAUGUUUUGGAUCUUCGUUGGCGGCAUAAAUUAUUAUUACCUACUAUUGCCACUUUACCACUCUUAAUGGUCUAUUAUGUAAACUUUAAUUCUACAUUGAUCAUAGUGCCAAAACCUUUAAGAAUUUGGCUUGGAUAUUCGGUAGAUCUAUGGAUAUUUUAUUAUGUAUACAUGGGAAUGUUAGCAGUAUUUUGUACAAAUGCUAUAAACAUAUUGGCCGGUAUAAAUGGUUUGGAGGUUGGUCAGAGUUUAAUUAUUGCCGUCAGUAUAGUAAUAUUCAAUAUUAUAGAGCUAUCUGGGGAUCUGUGGAAAGCACAUAGAUUUUCAUUAUACUUUAUACUUCCAUACAUAGCAACUUCUCUUGCUCUUCUUAAAUAUAAUUGGUAUCCAUCAAAAGUAUUCGUAGGAGAUACAUUUUGUUAUCUAUCUGGAAUGACGUUCGCAGUUGUUGGUAUUAUUGGCCAUUUUAGUAAAACUACUUUAUUAUUUUUUAUUCCACAAAUUAUUAAUUUUCUGUAUAGUAUACCACAACUGUUCCAUUUUAUACCAUGCCCUAGACAUAGACUACCAAAGUACAAUAAAGAUACGGAUAAAUUGGAAACUAGUGUCACAGUAUUUAGAUAUUCUGACCUGAAUCCUUCAGGUAAAUUUUUAAUGUGGGUCUUCAGAACCAUAAAAAUUGUUCAAUGGCAAAAGAGUAGUGAAGACACUGUGACUUGCAAUAACUUAACUCUAAUAAAUUUUUUAUUAAUUAAUAUUGGACCAACAAGGGAAUCUGCGCUAACAUUAAUUUUGAUAUUAUUACAGGUUCUUUGUAGCUGUUUAGCAUUUGUUGUACGUUAUCCACUUGCUUCAGUAUUUUAUGAUAUUUGAAGUAAAGCAGAAACAAUAAAUAAUUAUAUCUGUGUGUA